AGGAGGAGAAGGAGGAGGCAGAAGCCGGGGGAUGAUAUUUUCGUCCGAGUAGGAGCUCCCUCUGACGGGACAGGUAACGCCGACGACCCACCGGCAGUGCUCCCAAGCCAGCGAACAAGUCUGCUGCUUAAACGUCCAAAAUGUAUCGAAGCUAAUAUACAUGUCAGCGCUUGUUGUUCGCCAUCGUCACACGCCCGUCUCCAGGACGUCAGGGAGCAGCGGGGCUUGUUUUGCCGCCAGUUGUCACCCAGCCACCGACCAGCCGAGUGGGCGGCUUGUUUGGCUCGCCCCGUCAGCCGCAGUGUAGCCACCCCUGCCCCCGCGUUAGCUCAUUCGGGGGGAAUCGGAGGAGUUCGGACUGCGGGGACGCGGUUAUCUAUUGUGUCGCCGAGGUGCUCGUCAAGGUGAAGAUAAUGAUCAGACAUGAUGCCCUGUCAGACCCAUGUGUUGCUCAAGUGGCAGGAACACCUCAACAGUUCCUGGGCGGCCGAGGACAGCUCACAGACGGCCACGAGGCGUGGGGCGGCCAUCCUGUACAGCAAGCUUCUCCACAACAAGGAGGUGGUGAGUCUGGCCCAGCCCGUCCAGGAACUCGUUGGCCCUCGUCUGCCGGACUUUGAGUGCGAGUCCUGCGCCGCUGCGGAGAAGGAGGAAUAUCUUUUAGCGCUGCUGCAAAGUCAACGAUGGCUGGCUCGCCGGAUGCUGACGCAGACCCGCUACACGCAGGGUCUCCACCACAGGCUGAUAGCUCUGCAGAGGAUCUUCUAUGCCAUUCACACCAAGUACCAUGAUAAUUUCCGUGCUCACCUUCCCUCUCAGGCUGCAGAGAACAGCGCGGAAUGUGGACAUCUUGAGCUGGCCUCUGAGCCGUGCCUGCCAGGGGGGCUGCCCAAAGUCAAGUCGGGCACAGAUGUUCUGAUCGAGAUGGGUGUGAGGACAGGUUUGAGCCUGCUCUUCUCACUGCUGCAGCAAAACUGGAGGUACGCAGCUUCUGCGCAACCAGAGUCCAUGCUGUGCAACGACGUUCUGGCCACUGCCUCUUCCGUGCUGGCAUCCCUGCCAUCGCUUUCCCUGGCCAACGAGAGCAAGAUCCCCUCAGUCGGGUUGGACUGCCUGGCACAAGUGGCCGACUUCCUGAAGAAGACGUCGGCGAGCAGCGGGAGCGGCGGCGCCGACCUGACGGGCCGGAGGCUGGCGUUGGAGCUGCUGCUCGGACUGGCCAUGCAGAGAGGCUCGCUCAAGUUUUUCCUGGAGUGGGUAGAGGUGGCUUUGGCGGCCUCCGUGUCUUCGCGUUCCUCCUCCCAAGGAGCCGGUGUGGGAUUCGAUUUCAUCCAUCAAACUCUCCUUCAGAUGAGACAGUUUUCGGGGUUCAAUGGCGAUGCCAUCAACAUUCUAGUUCUCCAAAAGGACAAGGACGGACUUUGCCGUCUCUCUCAGGCGGCCCUCUGUCUCCUCGAGGAGAUCUGUAACCUGGCGUCCUUCUGCCUGUGCUCCUGCAGCGCCGACGCAGACGCUCCCGGCGCCAAAAGCGAAGCCGUCGUGGUGUACGUGUGGGGCAGCAAUAGCAGUCAUCAGCUGGCGGAAGGAACGCUGGAGAAAAUCUUGGUGCCCAAACCCACGCAGGGCUUCAGCGAUGCCCAAAUGAUCGAGGCCGGCCAGUACUGUACCUUCUCCGUGUCGGCGGACGGCGCUGUAAAGGCGUGCGGUAAAGGCAGCUAUGGCCGCCUGGGCCUGGGUGACUCCAACAACCAGUCCAUGCCCAAGAAACUGGUGCUGGAGCCCCACAGGAACAUGAAGAAGGUGUCUUCCUCCAAGGGGUCAGACGGUCACACAUUGGCCAUCACCAUGGAGGGAGAGGUGUUCAGCUGGGGUGAUGGAGAAUACGGGAAACUGGGCCACAGCAACAGUGCUAGCAGAAAUACCCCAAUAAUCAUCCAAGGACCUCUGUCAGGAAAAGUUGUCGUGUGCGUGUCUGCUGGCUACAGGCACAGUGCUGCCGUGACCAACGAGGGCGAGCUUUACACAUGGGGCGAAGGCGACUUUGGCAGACUUGGCCACAGUGACAGCCAGAGCCGCAACACGCCCACGCUGGUGAAGGACAUCAGCGGCGUCGGGCAGGUGGCGUGCGGCAGCUCGCACACCAUCGCCGUAGCGCAGGACGGACGCACCGUGUGGUCUUUCGGAGGAGGUGACAAUGGUAAACUUGGCCACGGCGACACUAACCGCGUGUAUCGGCCCAAGAUCAUCGAAGCCCUGCACGGAUGCAUCAUCAGGAAAGUGUGCGCUGGAAGUCAGUCUUCUCUAGCGCUCACCUCUGCGGGACAGGUGUUCGCAUGGGGCUGCGGCUCGUGUUUAGGGUGCGGGUCAUCCGAGACCACCUCCCUGAGACCCCGAUUCAUAGAAGACCUGAGCAUCACUAAGGUCAUCGACAUCUCAUGCGGGGACAGCCACUGUCUGGCACUGUCGCACGAGAACGAAGUGUACGCCUGGGGCAAUAACACCAUGGGCCAGUGUGGGCAAGGCCACACCUCCACGCCCGUUACCAAACCCAGGAAAGUGCUUGGCCUGGAGGGCGUGUCCAUUCAGCAGAUCACGGCAGGAACUUCCCACAGCUUGGCGUGGACUGCCGUACCGACUGACAGGCAGCUGGUGGCAUGGCACAGGCCUUUCUGUGUGGACCUGGAGGAGAGCACCUUUGCUUACUUGCGCAGCUUCCUCGAAAGCUACUGCGACGGCAUUGGGGAUGACUCCCCCCCGGCGCCAUUCUUAUCCAAACGGGAGCAUCAUCAGUUCAUUUUGCUGUGCAUGAAGCUGCUGUCCGUCCAUCUGUCCCUGGCUCACGCCGGGGGGACCGGUGCUAUGGUGUUGGGGGCUCAGGGCAGGCCCCUCCGGAACCUGCUUUUCAGACUCAUAGACACCAACAUGCCCGAGUCCAUACAGCAGGCGGUUAUGAACACGCUUACCAUCGGCGCCUCGCUGCUCCUGCCGCCACUGAGGGAACGCACAGAGCUGCUUCUCUCCCUCCUACCUCAGGGACCGCAGAGUCUAAAUGUUCUUUCCAAAGGGCAACGUCUGCAGUUGGACAUGGUCCUGAGCAGCCUUCAAGACCAAAGUCACAUGGCGUCCCUGCUGGGCUACAGCAAUUUCGGAGACGUGGCAAACUUGGUACCACCUCUGACGCCCGCCCCACCGACCCGACCGUCCUCCUCCUCCUCCUCUUCUUCCUCAUCCGAAGCAUACGACCCAUUUCACUUAGCGGAGGUUCUUCUCAAAACCCUUCUGCUCAGUAUUGGCUUUUACACGGAACGAGCAUUUGGGGAAUUGGAGAAAAACAGUGAUAAGAUGCUAUUGAGUGAUAGUCAACGAGAGUCUGAGCCUCCCUCGCACUUUCACCAGCUUCUCUCUGGACUUCACAAACACAUGCUUGCCCAUUGCUACAUCCACUUCAGCCUUUAGGAUGACAGCAGUGUCAAACUACUUAGUGAGCAUCUUCACUUGAUGUUCUCAUGCGCCGCAGAGACGCUUCGGAGAUCAACCAAGCUGUUAAAAGACAGCUACAUGGACACGCAAAUGAUGAAGAAGCUGCACACGGUGUUGUACAACUCCAUGGCAGGCAGCCUGCUGUGUCAGGUCAUGUACUCGUUGCUGCUUUUGCCCCUCAGCACGGUCCAGCCUCUGCUUGGCCAUUUGUUGGAUUUGCUAGAGGACCUGGACAGUUUCAACCGGUUGCUGCCGGAGACAGGCUUACUUGAGGAGCAGGAGCUCGAGGUUGAGUUCUCGACACUCCCUUCAGAUACAAGUGAACAUCAAGAGGAAGAGGAGUGGCUUUGGCUGUUGGAUUUAGAGCGCUCUGUAGCACUCGCGGUCGGACGCUGCCUUGGCGGGAUGAUGCAAGGCCUGCCGCCCUCCCCCCAGGAAAGAACCUCAGAGUUCUGGCUAAGCAAUGUGCUCCUCCGUAAUGGCCUCGAGAUGGACUAUGAGGAGCUUGACUCCAGCGUGGCAUGGCUUACUGAAGCGGUGCUUCUGGGUGGCAGCGAUUCAAGACUGUCCGAGCUGAGCUUGACUCAGGAAUCUCUGACGUUACUCGAGGUGGCGCUGGGAUCCUCCAGAGGGCCUGCCGGGUGCCUACUGCAGAAGAUGGAGGAGUAUGCUCUCGGCAGAGAGUGGGAGAGUGAAGGAUCUUCAUGUGACGGUUUGCUGGAGGCCGUCUGUCGCUGCAGCUUGGCAGCACUUCUGAAGCACACGGGCAUACCAGACAAAUCCUGCUGGCAGGACAGAUAUGAGCCCUGCAAGAAGCUGUUAGAUGUCUUUGAAAGCGUCUAUAAAAUCAGAAUAUCCCUGUUGGCUCACAAAAACUCCCCAAGAACCUCGCAAGUUCUUGCUGCUGCCAGACAGACUUCGCAGUGUCAGAGUCCCGCGUUAGAGGAGUUAGGAGCUCCUGUGGUGAAAGAAAGCGAGCGGCUGUCUGUAGGUCAAUGCAGCCGGGAGGUUCAGGUGCCGCCGCCCCCUGAAGCCAACCACAACCAGGACCAUGAAGAUGCAGUUGAGGAAUCACUGAGCAGCAAUCAAAUCGAUCUCACAGAAGUCCUUGAGUCCUUCAUGGCAACCCGUGAGGCCAUGCAGGUGCAGCAAAACAUGACCGUGUACGAGUCCUUCGGGACCUCCGCGCUGCCUGGCACCGUUGAGAGCCCGGUCAGCCCCCACAGAGAACUUGAUUCCACACAGCAGUGGGAUAACCGGAGAGAGUCGGAGGAGGAGAUCUUGCCUUUCCCCGCCACCUGCCGUCUACUCGUUUCCCGCUGCCUCUUCCUACUGCUGGGAGUCCGACCUGCCUGGGCUGACCCCAGUGAGAGGGAAGAGAGUCAGGCAGCUAACGCUAGCACCAGGGCAACUACACAGUCUUCUGGUCUCAGGCAGCAGUCUGACCAAUCAAAGACCACUUUGGGAUCAUAUAAGAACAAAAUGGGCUUGCCUCUCUGCUCUCUGGACGUCAUGAAAGACGCUUGGGAUCGCCUGCGUCAGUGCAUCAGCCCGACCUCCCCGGCCACGACCCACUUUGGUGACAACACCCAGCUGAUCCUGGACCAGGCUCUCCAGUUUGUGUGUGGCAACACGCUCCAGUUUACAGUGCCCACCCAGGCUUGUCAUGAGGCUGAUCCCAAAGCUAUAGCCUUUGCCAUCCUCCAGCAACAACAGCGGGCUGAGAUGCGCCUGGAGGCUUUCCGUCAGAUGUCGCCUUUCCUGUCCAAGAUGGAGAAGUGUGGCUCUCCGCAGUUUCCCACCCUGUUACAGUCGGUGCAGCUCCAGUUCCUGUCUGGCUGCUUUGCCUUGGGAACGCAAAUCAUGGGCUCCCCCGCGGGGGGUCAUUAUGAGAUGCGCCAUUACACGGCUGGCACCCAUUCAGCUGCCAUUGACAUGCAACGGGAAUUACAAUGUGCAGCGCAGGCUUUCUACCAGCAAGUGGUGCAUGUUCUCAGACAGAGGGUUCUGCUUGAAAGAAAACAUCCAGGUUCGUGUCAACACCUCCUGCUGGCCACCUUGUUUGCACUGAACUUUAGCUACCAGCCGAUGGAUCUGGUGCUAGUGGUCAAGCGCGGCAUCCUGGAGCUGCUCUGCCUGCUAACUGACAACAGUUGCGCCCUCAUGAACCAAGGCUGGCUCACCGUCUCCACGUCAGGAUGUCCACUCCUGAGUGGCGCCGUCAAGCUGGCUUGUACGCGCCUGCUGCAGAUCCUUGCAGUCACUUCCAGCUCCUGUGAGGAUCUGCUGCCUCUGGAGAUUUCACAAUCCCUCAUGGAGGUCAUGUGCCAGCAUCUCCAAAAUGUACUGCAUGCAUUCCAUCAGCAGCAAGCGGCAGAAAUUGCAGCAGCAAAGACGAAGAUGGACGAGACUGUGAAGGAUGGCUUGAGCUUAAAAGCAUCAGAAAGCAGCCGAGUGCUCGAAUGUCAGCUUGCCGACUUCUUAGUAUUCCUAAGGCGGGUGUUGUCAUCACGAGUGAUGAAAACACUCUCCUCGUUCAUCAAAUGGGUGGACCCACUCAUGGCCAUUAUUUCCUACAAGUGCUCUUCAGGAUCACCAUGCUUCCAGAACCUCCGCACAAAACUCCUGGCCUUCCAUGUUUUGGAACGACUGUUGCCUGCUUGUUCUGAGCCAGAAUAUGUUCAGAAGAUUGUCAAACAACUCUUUCAGCUGAUGUCUGUUUACAUGUGGGAGGAGCCUCUGGCCGACAUGACCCAUAAAGAGACGACUGUAAAGGAUUCUGAGAAUUCCGGCAGCAACGACGAAUGUAUCCCCAUCGGAGAUUUUUCCUUCGACCCUCAUAAGAUAACGUGCUGCUCCCUGGAGAGCGGGAACAUCCUCUCGCACGGAACCGGUGGAAAAGGUUAUGGCCUGGCGACCACAGCCAUCACCUCCGGAUGUUUCAUUUGGAAGUUUCACAUCUCCAAAGAACAUCGAGGCAACGAGGGCACGUGCGUGGGCGUGUCACGCUGGCCCGUCCGCGAUUACAACCACCACACCACCACUGAUAUGUGGUUGUAUCGGGCCUACAGCGGCAACCUGUACCAUGGUGGCGAGCUGGUCCGCACGCUCCCAUCCUUCACACAAGGGGACACCAUCACCUGCAUCUUGGACAUGGAGGCUCACACUGUAUCGUUCGCUAAAAACGACAAGGAGCCAAAGUUGGCCUUUGAGGGUGUGGUUGCCUCCGAGCUGUACCCUUGUGUCUUAUUCUACAGCAGCAAUCCAGGAGAGAAGGUGACACUGGGGGAUCUUCAGAUGCGAGGCAUGCCCAGUAACUUGCUACCUGGCGAACCGCUGUGCAGCCCACACAACACCGCCCUCAUCGAGUCCACGAUACAGCUUUUGCGGCGGCUCCACCAAUACGAUCAGUGGACGCCGCACAUCAACCAGUACAUCCAUUCCAGCUUGGAGCUCAUCGGACCCAUGCUGAAGGAGGACCACUUGGGACGCUUCGCUCCAGGCCUUGAGCAAACCUCCGAGCAAAAUGAUCCAUUCCAAGACCCUCAUCAAAGCCACUUGUCUGAGUCCAAGCUAGCUGCCUUGUGCACUGAAGUGUGGCCCGUGCUGGCGUUGAUUGGAGGCGUGGAUGGUGGUCUUCGGGCUGGGGGAUUGUGUCUUCACAAGCCCAGCGGGCGCAGGGCUGUUCUGCUGGGGGUCCUCAAAGAGAGGAGCUCACUGGCCAAGCUGCAAUGGGAGGAGGCCGAUAUCUCAAUCAGCUCCGCAAAUUCUUGGUCACCCAGCGACACUCCCAUCGCUUCGCUCGAGCCCUGCGACACCACCUGCUGCGAUGUGGCGCGACUGGGUGGCCUCAAACCGGCGGUGCUGUUGGAUCUGAUUUACCUGAUGGGGAUGCUGGAGGAGCGAGGCUGGCUCGGGGCUCGCGCGGCCACUGCUGGGAAAUUGUCGCAAGAGAGCCUGGCUGAGGGCGAGAUGCAGUACUCUCUGGACGAGGUAGAUGACCUCACGUGCUUAGCAGAAAACGACUGGAAGAAGGUUGAAGACGAUGAGAAGACUUCCGUCAAAGAUAAUGUAAAGCUCCAAGAGGAGGGAACCAGACGGCUGCAACCAUCUCAAACCAAAAUAAACACCUUCGCCUUAGAGCUCAGAGCCGUCAAAGUCUCCUACCUUCUCAUCGGCGCCUUGAAAUCCCUCGCUGUCGUUUUCAGCUGCGAGAAGUUGUCGCAUUUGCUCUCCGGGCCUAAGCCGAAUUCCACCUUAUCGAGUCCCAGCUCUGACCAGGACGAAGGCGAUGGAAGUGGUAGCGAGCGAUGGGACGAGAGCGCCGAACUGAGGUCCGUGCUGCAGUAUGUGGUGCAGAGCAUGGUCAAGUGGGCGGUCCGACCCUGUCCCAUAAAACAGAGAGUGUCUGUGGCAGACCUGGAAAGAGCUCAAGUCAUGAUCUACAAAGGCGCUCUGAGUGGACUAGAGGAUAAAGAACGCAAAGAAUCGGGUCACCACUCCACCUCCCAGCCCAUUUCCAAGUCCUCCAGCUCUGUCUCCUUGUACAGCGUCGGCUCGGAGGGCACCGCCAUUUUCGGCCAAUCCAACCGAGCCUCCGCGUCAUCGUCCAACACGGAGCUGGCCUCGUCACUCCCGGCGAACCUGCAGGCGGACGCUCUUGAUCAGUUCAACCCCUUCCUACCCAUCAGCCUUCUUCAACACAUGGUGCUAACUCGCUUCCCCACGCUUACCGGACUGGUCAGCAACCCGCCUGCGCUGCAUCCCUGCUUCAGCUUGGCCAAUUCAGCUUCGUGCGACGCCUUCACAGAGCAGCAGACCAGCUUCAUGGAACCCGGUCCGUGUAGCACGCAGGCCCGAAGCAGCCUGGAACGGACUCAAAUGUUUGUCACCAGCCGCUUGCUUGAAAUGGGAUUCACUAUGAGACAUAUCUACUGUGCCAUGGAGGCAGCAGAUUUAGCAGGUGAGCUGGACUCUCGGACCAUCGAGGUGUUGGCUAGCUGGAUGCUGGAGCACCCGGUGACGGAUGAACAGCAGACCACCGAGAUGCCCAGACACGAGAGUGAGCCCGACACACCGUCCUCCGACGGGCCCGAGACAGUGCAGUGCCCCGAACGUCCUGCCAGUCAACCCACUGAGAGCUUGCUGCCCGGUUUGGACUGGAUCGAGCGAGAGAACUUCUUAGAUGUCCACCUGACAAGGAAUAGACCUCCUCCAGCAAGGCGGCGGCGGCGUUUAGGUCCUACUCAGAGGACGUCUUUUCGGAGGGCAGGAAUUCCCGUGUCUUCAGAUUUGCCGUCACCGAACCCCAUCCCACAGCUGUACCCACAGAACACAGGCGAUUGGCCUGAGUACGUGGAGUUUCACCCCUUCUCCACGGAGGAGGAGUCGGAGCUGGGCUACAUGGACGACGUGUACCACGAGGAGACCUACGAGGACCUGCUCACUCCUUUCUUCAGCCUGGAGAGAGAUACGCUUCACAUAGUUGAGAGUGGCGAAGAACACAAUCCGAUGGUGAAGUGCGAGCUGUGCAACACGCUCACCUUACAGUUCAACAACCACAUCAAGCGCCGGCAUCCCGGCUGUGGUCAGAGCGCCGCGCGCAAGGGCUACGACAGCACCGGCGCUUACGUGGACGUCUGGUUCAAAGGGGAGUGCGGCUCCAACUUUCCCUUCUACCUCCUUUGCACUUCCUGUAGGGAAAGGUACCUCGCCGCCAACACCGGCGAUCCGAGCUCCAGAAGUGAACGGAUUAAAGGCCUGACGAGUGAUCUGAUUGGCCGCUUGGACAGCACUUCUGAUGACGACUGGGAAAUAAACCACCAAGAUGAGAGUGACCAAGACAGACUGACAGGACUGGAGGACUUUGGGCUUCUGCUGAGACCACUGGGCUUGACUGAAAAGAAGCUGGUGCCCGACCCCAUCGCCUUCACCGAGCCCGAUCCGCUUGGGGCGAUGGUCUAUAGCUCGGUGGACCCCCUAAGGGACGAUCUCAAAGGGGAUGCUGUGGUGGAACAGAAAGGCUCCUUGAGUCUGGGCCAGCAGGCCAUGUCUCUUAGGGACUCUCACGACCGACUGAAAGCGCUAAGACGGGUGACCUCCACGGCUCAGAUUUUGCUAGCGUACAGCAUGGUGAUGCGAGCCCUUUCUCAGACCGCUUGCAGUCCAUCCGGCGGUCUGGACUCUUUGGGUCUGGCAGACAUCCGCAUCCUAGUGCGCUUGAUGACACUUGCCGCGGCGGGCAGGGCGAACACCUGCGUGGCCAGACGGUCGGACGGCAAGGGGUCAUCGUCCGAACGCGGCAAUUCCAGCUGUCUUAGCUUCUUGACAGCAGCUAUAGGCAGCGUAGUCUCCCGCAGCCCCUCCGCCUACAGGCAGCUGGUGGAAAUAUGCACUCACGACCUGAUGGCAGCAGCUACAGGAAUGAACAUUCCCAGUAGUGAAGCGCAGCAGCGAGCUUGCUUAACGGUCAGUUUGGUGUCUGCCGUGACGCAGCAGCAGCAACAACAGCAGCAGCAGGUGAGGGACUGCGGCGAGCACUCGGAGUCCUUUCUGGUCACGCAGAGCCUUGUGGCCUUGCUCACCGAGAAGGGUGUUCACUGCUACUGCGCUGACAAGGCUGAACACGAGACUCACGAUGCAGGACACCAAGGCCUGUCUUCCACCUGCCCCUCUGCCCACCGUGGCACAAGAGUGGGCCCUCUCGAGCUGGCCAACGCUCUGGCGGCGUGCGUGUUGUCCGCCAUGCUGAGCAGCCAGCACCGCCAGUGGGCGGCGCAGCGGCUAGUGCAAGCUUUGGCCGCAACCGGGCGGGACGGACCUGGGAGAGCCCAAACCUUCAGCGACCUUGCUGGCGAUCUGCGUAAAUGUCCUGUAAGGAGACUGGAAGGACACUAUAAUAAGGUGGCCACUUGUUUCUGGAACAGUGAACAGAGCCUGCUGGCUACUUGCUCGCAGGAUAAAGUGGUGCAGUUGUGGAGCGUCAGUGAGAACAAUGCCCAGUUGCAUACCACCUUCUCCUGCAUAACCAGUAAAACAGACAAAAACUCAGAGAGGGCAGGCAGAUGUCAUCACAAGUCAUCCCCUGUGUACUGGAGCACCGGUGGAGACUUCCUGGCUGCCCCGGAGAACAAACACAUCACCAUUAUGAACAUCAGAGGCUCUCACUGUCACACGGAGGCUCAGGCAUCGCGGGUCACGGCGCUGUGUUGGGCCGCAGCCUUUAGCUUGUGGCUUCUCCAUCAGCCCGAACCUUACAAAGUCCGCCCCACCGAAAGCUUGCUGGUAGGACGGCUGGACGGCUCUCUCUGCUGGCUGCGUGUCACCAUGCAGGAACUCGACUUGCUCGUGAAGACCACCGAGUUGACUCACUGCUACAGGAUGGAGGCUCCGCAGUGUGUGGCUUGGCACAGUGAGGAAAAGCCAUUUGCAGUCGGCUACCCCAGCGGAAAAGUCCUUUUGGCGACGACUGAGACCUACGAGAAUGAGCCCUUAGUAUUGCUGCCCAUCUACCAGGAUGGUGUCACUUCCCUCAAGUGGGAUCCGACGGGGCACUUGCUGCUCUGUCUGGGCAGGUCGGAGGUGGUGAAGAUCGUCGGAUGCUCGGGGGGCUCCUGGAUGACGUUCCACUCCCUCGCGCAUUCCAGCACGGUCAACGUCGCUGAGUGGUGUCCCCUCGCCGGCCGAGCCCCGGACCCCAUGCUCAUGAUGGCGGCAGGUUGUCAGAACGGUUCGGUGCAUGUGUGGACGUUGCCGCAAGCGAGUGCUGCUGUGACUCUGCCAACUACGCAGAACAGCUCUUCCAGACAGCAUAAAAGCGCCAGUGUCAUGGGGAGUGCAAAGUGUGUGUUUGUCCUCCUCGGUCACAUCACAGCGGUGAAGUCGCUUUCGUUUUGCUCCAGUGGUCUGGCGCUGGUUUCUGGAGGAAUAGGGGGGCUGCUCAACAUCUGGUCCUUACAGGAUGGUUCAGUAUUACAGACCGUUACGGGUUUGGGAUCCGUCGUCAGUACUACGUGGAUCCCCAAAAUGGGUGUUGUCGCCUGUUUCGGGAGGUCAAAGGAUGUCUUGUUGAUCUGCUGCACCCCCGACUGGAUCACUCAGAAUCACGUGCUGGCUUCCUGCCGCAUGGUCCUAAGAAGCCAAAGCAUCUUGGGUCUGCAUCGGGCUCCUUGUUUAGCAGUUCUGUUGGAGAGGCUGCCCCUGCUGCUCCAGGAGCAGUAUGCCUACGAGCGGGCCCACGUAGUUGCCGGUGACCAAUUAGUCCACAGUGCCUUCCUGCAGAGUCUGGCCUCUCUCGCUGUCGGUUUGUCGCUAGAAGACUACCUGUGCCAUUACCCGUGCCCACCGCAUCACGCCAACCCCAACACCCGAUCUUGCCCGGCCGAAUGGAACUGGCUCGCCACCUACGCCACCACCGUGCGCAGUGCUGAGGCUAUCGCCAGCGGCAUUGUUUUCCCAGAGUCCUUUGUGGUUCCAGAGUUUGAGGAGGGGGAUGAGGAUGAAAUCGCAAAGGCCCUGGAUAACAGUAAAUGGAGCUUCAAGAUGGAUGAACAGCUGAUGUCCUGGGCAACCACCCGACCGGAGGACUGGCAGCGAGGAGGCAAGAGCGAGGUGUACCUGUGGGGGAACGGACGUUACGGACAACUGGCAGGAAUGGGGACCAAUCCCACGGCGCCCACUUUGGCGCCCUCUCUGCUACAAACACAACAGGUGGUGUGCGGUCAGAACUGCACUUUCAUGGUUCAGUCCAAUGGGGGCGUGCUGGCUGUUGGGGAAGGACAGUAUGGAAGGCUUGGACAAGGAAAUUCAGAUGAUCUGUACGUCCCUACGAUUAUCGGCGCCUUUCAAGGUUACGUGGUGACCCGGCUGGUGACAUCCUGCGGCUCGGAUGGACACUCCAUGGCGCUGACUGAGACAGGGGAGGUGUUCAGUUGGGGGGAUGGUGAUUUUGGGAAACUGGGACACGGCAACACCGAAAGGCAGAGGAGACCCAAACAAAUUGAGGCAUUGCAGGGGGAAGAUGUGGUUCAGCUCGCGUGCGGGUUCCGCCAUUCCGCUGUGGUGACAUCUGACGGGAAACUGUUUACCUUCGGUAGCGGUGAAUCCGGACGUCUAGGUCAAAGGUCAUCAUCCAACCGAAUGCUGCCAGAGAGGGUAGCCGCUCUGGAGGGUUACCAUGUAGGACAGGUGUCGUGUGGUCUCAAUCACACUCUGGUCUUGUCUGCGGACGGAAUGAUUGUAUGGGCGUUCGGGGAUGGCGAUUACGGAAAAUUGGGGACUGGCUCGUCAACGGCAAAAUAUUACCCUCAGAAAGUGGAGCAGCUGUGUAACAAAGGAAUAAAGAAGGUCAGCUGUGGAACACAAUUCUCAGUUGCUUUGGCCUGCGAUGGACAUGUGUACACAUUUGGACAAGAGCGUCUGAUUGGCCUGCCGGACUCCAUGCUCAAGAACAAGUCAUGUCCUCAGGUGGUUCCGGCCCUGGAUGGACACUUCAUAGAGGACGUGGCCCUAGGCUGUGAACACGUCCUCGCCCUGUCCUCCACUGGGGACGUCUACACCUGGGGCUGCAAUGGUGAUGGCCAGCUCGGUCUGGGACAUUCCAACCCGGUGAAGGAGCCCACACUAGUGACAUCCCUCCAGGGGAAGAACAUCCGACAGAUCUCAGCGGGGCGCUGCCACAGCUCGGCAUGGACCACACCCUCUACCUCCGUUCAAACCUCAGGUGGUUCUGUAAAUUCCCAGCUAGGUCUUCCCCAGUGUGUACCUCCCCAGUACAACGCAUUGAAAGGCUGCAGCCCUCAUCUGCUCAGCAUGCGCCUCAGGGUGCUCCACCACUUCUCUGAUCUCAUGUACAAGUCGUGGAGGCUGCUCAACCUGGAUGCCAGGAAUACGGUGUCUACUUCGAGGUACACUUCGGGGACAACAGCUAUAGUCCGUGGUGAGCUCAGAGGUCUUCUAUCACCCAAAGUCAACACUCUGCCUCUGGUACGCUCCAUUGGCAGAACGAUGACCCAGGGAAAGACAUACGGGCCGCAGAUCACCGUGAAACGUAUUUCCACAAGAGGGCGUUCCAGCAAGCCCAUCUUUGUACAAAUUGCCAAGCAAGUGGUGAACCUGAACCCUCUCGAGCUGCGACUACCGUCCAGAGCAUGGAAGGUCAAGCUCAUCGGUGAGGGCGCGGAUGAUGCCGGCGGAGUUUUUGAUGACACCAUUACAGAGAUGUGCCAGGAGCUGCAGUCUACUGCGGUGGACCUCCUGAUCCGUACACCCAACAGCUUUACGGAUGUAGGCAGUCAUACUGACAGGUUCCUGCUGAACCCGGCCGCUCUCUCCAAAGAUCACAUGGUCCAGUUUCGCUUCUUGGGCAUCCUGAUGGCGGUGGCCAUCCGCACCAAGAAACCACUGGAUCUGCAUCUGGCGCCGUGGGUCUGGAAACAGCUCUGCUCCAUGCCGCUGGAAGAGCCUGACUUGGAGGAGGUGGACCUCCUCACCUUUCGCACCUUACAAGGCAUUCUCCACUUGGACAACAGCGGCAUUACAGAGGAGAAUUUCCAUGUGAUGAUCCCACUGGAUUCGUUCGUGGCCCACAGUGCAGACGGCAGGCUGGUGCCAGUGGUUCCGGGAGGCCAAAACAUUUCCCUCAAUUUUUCCAACCGCACAGAAUACGUGGAGAGGGCGCUGCAGUACAGACUUCAUGAAAUGGACUCUCAGGUGGGGUCGGUCAGAGAGGGCAUGUCGGCCAUCAUCCCCGUUCCGCUCCUCUCCCUGCUGACCGCCCAGCAGCUGGAGCAGCUUGUAUGCGGCCUGCCCGAGGUGUCAGUGGAGACGCUAAAGAAGCUUGUCCGCUACCGGGACAUUGCCGAGAGCCACCAGCUGGUGGCUUGGUUCUGGCAGAGCUUGGAGGAGUUCACCAACGAGGAGCGCGUGCUUUUCCUGCGCUUCGUCUCCGGCAGGUCCCGGCUGCCGUCCAACCCGGCUGACAUGACGCAGAAGUUCCAGAUCAUCAAGGUGGAUCGGCCCGUCAACGGCCUGCCGACGGCCCAGACGUGUUUCUUCCUGCUGCGCCUUCCGCCGUACACAAGCCAGGCGGUGCUGGCCGAGCGUCUGCGCUACUCCAUACACAACUGUCCCUCCAUCGACAUGGACAACUACAUGCUGACGCACAACACGGAGCCCUUAGAGACCUCCGACACUGAGGACUGAGCCCGCCAUUAUAUGCAAUGACUUUUAAUUUAUUUUCCCCAUGGGUGAGUGUUGUUGUUUUGCAUUUGUGUGAAGUAUCGUGUAUUUAUUGAAUCGAGAAGCCACUGAUAUAAUAUAGACUAUUUCUUAUCAUAUAAGCCACAGAAUCAAUGUGCCUGUUUUAAGAUGUAAUUUAAGUAUCUGUCCAAUGUAAAAUAAAGACUGCUUACUUCUA